AUGGGGAUCUCUAUUGAACAUUUCCGUUCAAGGAUUGGAUCUCAUGACAAUUUCGUGAAAACAAAGGAUGCCUCAUCGCGCUUUAAGGAUCAGUUUUGGAAUAUAAUGCCAAUGAUGAUGUGCUACAAUGUUUAUAUUCCAUUGCUUAUAAGACAAGCAAAUGAUGUUGAGGAAAAUCCUGGCCCUACGAUAUUUGAUAUCAUUGACCCAAUGAUAACAGUGUCUGCAGACUACAGUCAAGGAAAUGAAGCACUCUUUGGUGAAAAUGCUGGUAAGCAAUGUGUAGCAAUGUCACUUACUGCUAUUAUUUAUCAUCAAGUAGAACAUAUCAAUGAAUGGACUUCUUCCACUUCGAAUAAUAUUUUGACCAUUGGAAAUAAUCUAUAUGUUUCUAUACGAUAUUCCGUGCAAACAAAUGAUUAUUUGCUGUUAACUGAUGUUCCUGAUGUUCCAUGUGCUGUUUCACUUUACAACAAAGUGUAUACAUUGCAAUACAGUGAGUCAUUAACUGGAAGUUUGUUCAUGACAUCAAAUAAUGGCCCAUACAUGUCUCUUCAAAAUUCACUGAUGGAAGUAUUUUCAAAUUCUGGACUAAACUACCAUUGUUGUUUGUUAACUGUUGGAAACAAUACUGUUGCAGUGUUUAAAAAUUCUGAACAAAGCUUUAAGAUUUUUGACUCUCAUUCAAAAGAUUUUUAUGGCAUGCCCCAUUCAUUUGGGAAAUGUACUUUGCUGAGCAUUGAAGGCCUUAAAAACAAUGUGUCAUAUUUGCAAAUGUCUUGCUCAGAAGUAGGGGUUGUUCCUUUUGAAAUCAAAGGUGUUUUAAUCAGUGAUUGUCAACUUGAUUUGAAAAGUGUUCAAAACAGCCAGAAGAAUGAAGAGUCACGUUCAAGUGACAAAAAUAAUCCAAAAAAGCUUGUUAACAGAAAGCGAAAGUGUUCAAGUGAAAUAGCAGACAUAAGGGAAAAACGGUUGAUUGCCCAACGUGAAUAUGAGAAAAAGAGAAAGGCAAAUGAAAGUGAAGAAUCUAGGCAAAAGAGGUUGGCACAACAGCGCAAAAAUAAGAGAAAGAGUCGUGCAAGUGAAUCUGUUAAAUCUAGACAAAAAAGACUGGCUAGUCAAUCUCUAUAUCAAAAAGAAAAAAUUGCAAAUGAAUCUGUUGAGUGUAGACAACACAGACUGGCAAAUCAACGUCAGUAUGAGAAAGAAAAAAAUGCAAAUGAAUCCGUUGAAUGUAGACAACAGAGACUGGCAAAUCAACGUCAGUAUGAUAAAGAAAGAAAAGCAAAUGAAUCUGUCAAAUGUAGACAACAGAGACUGGCAAAUCAACGUCAGUAUGAGAAAGAAAAAAUUGCAAAUGAAUCUGUCAAAUGUAGACAACAGAGACUGGCAAAUCAACGUCAGUAUGAGAAAGAAAAAAUUGCAAAUGCAUCUGUUGAAUGUAGGCAAAAGAGAUUGCAAACACAUCAAGAGUAUAGAAGAAAUAUUUCCAAUAGUUUAACCAUUGCUAAUGAAAUCCGAAAAUUUCAUGUAGCUGUUUCUAGAGGUCCACUGUACAUUUGUUCUUGCUGUGACCAAUUGUGGUAUAAACACAGUGUUGUUAAGGCUGAAAGGCUGAGAGUUUCCAAUCCUAAUGCAGGAAAAUAUUUGCUGAGUAAAAAAAGUGUCAAUGACAUUGAGUGGAUUUGUCAGUCUUGUGAUAAAAAUCUGAAGAAAAACAAAAUACCACCUUGUGCAGCUAUGAAUGGAAUGACCUUUCCAGUGAAACCAGACUUUUUUGAUUUAAACAAGUUAGAGUGCAGACUUCUAGCACCUAGAUUAGCUUUCCAAAAGCUUAUGCAAGCCCCAAGAGGAAAUCAGUUGAAAAUAAAAGGAAAUGUUGUGAACAUACCAGCAGAUGUUAACAAUACUGUUAAUGAGUUACCACGGUUACCUGAGGAAAGUGGCACAAUAAAAGUUCAGUUAAAGAGACGAUUACAGUAUAAGAGUUCUACACUGUCCUUAAAUGUUAGACCGUAUAAAAUCUUACAAGCAGCAAACUGGCUGGCUACUAACAGUAAUCUUUAUAGGGAACAAGGAAUAUCUUUUAGUAAAGACAAGAUGGCAAAUUGUAACAUAUACUUGCAAAAUGAAACUGAGAGUGAAGAUGCUUCUCAAGCCAGCUGCAAUGAACAAAUAAGUGAUACAUGUAAUGCUAUCAAAAAGACUGCAGGCCAAGAAACCAGUGAAUUUCAUGAUGACUGGACUGAAGAGGAUGCAGAAAUACCUUCAGGAGUAACCGAUACUAUGUUAACUGCAACUGACUUUCUUGAUGACAAUGAAUGA